CUCGAGGGGGCGCCGCGGCCGUCGUUUGUCCAGGCCUGCGCCCGCCAGGUUUGGGCCCGAGGUCGUUUUCACGAAACCACGUUUUGCUGAAGUGAGGUCUGUCCAUCCCCGAAUUCGCGAGUCGCCUGCAGCAUCGCUCGGCGGCGGCGGGGGGCGCCGAGCGGCCAUCGAUGGAGGCGCCUGCCGCAGCUGCUGCAGCUGGAGCGGUCGCCGAGGAGAUCGGCGAGCACGCGCAGCGAGCCGCUCUAAUCUCCGCGUGGUUCGCGACGCCUGGCGCCCGCGCGGCCGACUUCCAAUGCUUCUCCGUGGUCUGGCCGACUGUCCGCUUCGGCGCGUGGCUCGCCCAAGCGGUGGAGGCACGCGGUACGGUGCCGGCGCGCAGGGGAGGAGGUGUAGCGGAAGGUUCUGCGCUGAUGCGUCGCCCCGCGCAGGGCGACGCCGCCUGCCCCGUUUCCCCCCUUCCCUGCCAUGCAGGUCGCCUCGGCGCGCCAGCCGCCGCAUGUUCGCCUGACGGCCGGUUGAGCGACGGCGGGCUUGGAGCACAUCCGGUCGCGUGGCUGAGGCGAGAAAGAGACGCGGGGUGAUCAGGAUGGACCCCGGGAGGGGUGUGGGGACCGAUUCUGAGCGGACCUAGGUCGGGCGGGAGAGCGGCUGUGGAGUCUCAGCGGGCCGUCGUCCGACAACCGGACGCCAGCCUUAGGCCACGGAGGCUCCAGCCUAGAAGUCGCUGUUUCUUCAUGGGCCUUGGCAUCGCUCGGACGUGCGCCUUUUUUCUCAGCGAGGGCCAUCGAGGGGCCUUAGUGGGCCCUGGAAACGACAGGGCUAGGGCGGGGGGGGCCUUGAAAAACUAGCAGGAAGCCUGGCUGGCAGCACCCGGCAACGUCUGCCGCGCCUCGGCGUGCAGGGCGGCACGGCACACUGCAGUGGAUGUGGAGGCCUCUCGCUAGU